UCGCUGCAACAGAUUGCUGUGGCACAGAAGAUGGACUCAGCUGGUUGCGUGGCUAAGCUCUUGUGCGAAAUCGAGUCCAUGUCCGCUGAACAGCUCACGCCAGCCAUGUCCACCUUCAAGACCGCCUUCGACAACAACCAAAACCUCAAGGGCUCCCGAGGCGUCUACGAUCUGGCCAUCACCUUCGGAUCCAAGUUCGCCAAGAAAGACGCCAAGGCCUGCAGCGCCCUCUUCGACAAGUGCGUUCUCUCCAGAGAGGAUCUCUCCUUCAUGCUGGAUUCCACCUUUUCAUGCUAGUCAUGAGCUUCACCUUAGACUAAGCACAUCACAACCACACCAUCAUUCGCACACGCAGGCAGACUGAGUGGAUCGGAGUCAUCACUGUGACCGAAGGUAGCUUUCAGUCCCUCACUGACUGGACCUUCGAGUUACAGUGAAUAGCUGCAGUGUUCAUAAUGCUAAUCAUCAAAUGAAAUAAAUCAUAUUUCUCAGAAAAA